AUGUUUUCGAAACCUCAGCUUGACCGCGCCAGCCUGCUGGCCCUGGCCCUCAGCGUAGCCCCCUCUAUGGUCAACGCCGGUCCUUGCGACAUCUACAAAUCCGGUGGCACACCCUGCGUUGCGGCGCACAGCACAACUCGUUCUCUGUAUGAUUCAUUUGGCGGUGCACUCUACCGAGUAUCGCGUGACUCCGAUGGUGCCAGCACUGACAUCAGAGCUCGUUCUGCUGGCGGUGUGGCAGAUGCCUCUGCCCAGGAUUCGUUCUGUGCUGGCACUACAUGCCUCAUUACCACCAUCUAUGAUCAAUCUGGUAGGGGUAACCACCUCAGUCAAGCCCCUCCCGGAAGCGCUGGCAGUGGUCCGAACAAGAACGGCUACGACUGGCUGGCGGCCGCUACUGGCGCGCCUGUCACCUUGAAGGGACAAAAGGCAUACGGUGUCUUUGUCUCUACCGGCACUGGCUACCGCAAGCUAGUCGGCAACGGCACCGCCAGAGGUGACGAGGCCGAGGGCAUGUACGCCGUUUUCGACGGAACCCAUUACAACAACGACUGCUGCUUCGACUAUGGCAACGCAGAGACGAACAGCAAGGAUACCGGCGACGGCCACAUGGAAGCAGUCUACUGGGGUGGUCCUGAGAAUAGCCCCUGGGUUCUUGCAGACUUGGAAAACGGCUUGUUCGCAACGGAUCAGCGCAAGCAGAGGAUUAAGUCGAACCUCACUUCGCGCUUCGUCACUGCUAUUCUCAAGGGAGAGCCACAUCACUGGGCUCUCCGAGGCGGCGAUGCCAACUCCCCUCGUCUAGAAACUCUUUACGAUGGCGGUCGGCCCCAGGGUGCAUACCAGAAAAUGUCCAAGGAGGGGUCCAUCAUUCUUGGCAUCGGCGGUGACAACAGCAACCGUGCCCAGGGUACAUUCUACGAGGGUGUCAUGACAUCGGGCUACCCAUCUGACGACACCGAGAACAAGGUCCAAGCCAAUAUUGCAUCUGCUGGUUAUACCGCAGCAUCUUUGACCAGCGGCCCCAAGCUGAAUGCCGGCUCUUCCGUCUCGCUGCGCGUUACCACCCCAUGCUGCAAGGGCAGCUACAUUAGCCAUGACGGUGAUGUCGUCAAGAUUCAAGCCGUAUCGUCGUCAAGCAGCGAUAGCUUGAAGCGUCAGUCCACUUGGGUGGUUCGCACCGGUCUCGGCAAUAAAGAAUGUUUCUCUUUCGAGUCCAAGGAUACCCCAGGUAGCUUCAUCCGCCACUUCAACUAUCAGCUGCGCCUCAACCACAACGACGGUAGCAAACUGUUCCACGAAGAUGCGACCUUCUGCCCCCAGGCCGGCUUGAACGGCCAGGGAAACUCGAUCCGAUCUUGGAGCCAGCCCACUCGCUACUGGCGCCACUAUAAUGGCAAGGCUUACAUUGCCACCAACGGCGGUCCCUUCGAGGAAGACGCCAAGUACCUGUUCAACGACGAUACCAGUUACGUCAUUGGUGGCGGAUUGGCCUAA